CAGAACGGCCAGGAGGCUUCACUCUCUCUACUCACCGUUAGUCUUUUGUGGAAACAGCAGUUAAAGUGCAACUGCAGCUGUUUUCCGUUCAAGACCACCCUCACAAGGAGGACUCUGGGUUUUAGGAGGUCUUCUGACUUUUUGGUCUGACAGACGUUGUCAUGGAGGAGAAGGACCGCUCGGAUGGGGGGUAUUUUGUGCAGAGGAGAGUUCUGGAUGAGUUACGUCUGGAUGAAGUGGCACAAAAAGGGACGUGGAUCACCAAACCGACCGUGGGUGAACGGAUGAAAGAGUCUGUGAGGUGUUCGGUUCCCAGACUGAAGCACACGGCGCUGAGCUGGAUCCCGGUUCUGAGCUGGCUGCCUCGCUACUCGUUCAGAGAGAACGCCGUAGGAGACCUGGUCUCCGGCUGCAGCGUUGGCAUCAUGCAUCUGCCUCAGGGUAUGGCCUACGCCCUCCUGGCCUCGCUACGCCCGGUGUUCGGCCUCUACACCUCCCUGUUCCCGGUGCUGAUCUACUUCAUCUUCGGUACUUCCAAACACAUCUCCAUAGGUACGUUUGCUGUGAUCAGCAUCAUGGUCGGGAGUGUGACGGAGAGGCUGGCUCCAGACGGUAACUUCAUGGUGAACGGCACGAACGGGACAGGAAGUGUUGACCUGGACGCACGCGAUGCAUUCAGGGUCCAGGUAGCGUGCUCCCUCACGGUGUUGGCGGGAAUCUUUCAGGUCCUGCUGGGUGUGGUGAGGUUUGGUUUCGUGGUCACUUACCUCUCGGAGCCGCUGGUUCGAGGCUACACCACGGGGUCAGCGUGCCACGUAUGUGUGUCACAGCUCAAGUACCUGUUUGGAGUCACGCCGGCUCGCUUCACUGGUCCUCUCUCCCUUAUUUAUACUCUGGUGGAUAUUUGCCGGUUGCUGCCACAGACUAAAGUGCCGGAGCUGGUGGUCAGUCUGGUGGCUCUGUCUGUUCUCAUCGUGGUCAAAGAAAUCAACGCCUGCUACAGACAGAAGCUGCCUCUUCCCAUCCCAAUAGAGAUCGUAGUGAUCAUAGCAGCAACAGUCAUCAUCCACUUCUGUGGACUCACGAGUAAAUACAACAUUGAUGUUGUUGGAGAGAUUCCCAGUGGGCUCAAAGCCCCUCGAGCUCCAGACGCCACGUUGUUCUCCUCGGUCAUCGGCGAUGCUUUUGCCGUGGCCAUCGUGGGCUACGCCAUCAACAUCUCUCUGGGCAAAACAUUCGCCCUCAAACACGGUUACAAGGUGGACAGCAACCAGGAGCUGGUUGCUUUGGGUCUUAGUAACACCGUCGGCGGCUUCUUCCAGUGUUACGCCGUGACGUCGUCUUUGUCUCGCAGCCUCGUCCAGGAGAGCACGGGGGGCAAGACACAAGUUGCUGGGGUGAUUUCGUCUGUCAUCGUACUCGUCACGGUUCUGAAAAUAGGUUCUCUCUUUUCAGAUCUCCCCAAGGCGGUCUUAUCCACAAUCGUGUUUGUGAAUUUGAAAGGAAUGUUCAAGCAGUUCAUGGACGUGCCUCUGCUGUGGAAGACCAACAAGGUUGAUCUGCUGGUUUGGCUCGUCACCUUCACCAGCACCAUCCUGCUCAACCUGGACCUCGGUCUGGCCGUCUCCAUCGGCUUCUCCAUGCUCACCGUCAUCUUCAGGACGCAACUCCCCCGCUACUCUAUCCUGGGCCACGUUCCAGGCACUGACCUGUAUUUAGACACGGACACCUACAAGGAGGCCAAAGAGAUUCCAGGAAUUAAAAUUUUCCGUUCAUCCACGACCGUCUACUACACCAACGCUGAGAUGUACCUGGAGGCCCUGCAGGAGAAGAGUGGAAUUGAAAUCGGGAAGCUGCUGUCGGCGAAGAAGAAACGAGAUGCGAAGCUGAAGCGCCAACAAAAGAAAGCUAAAAACAAGGCAAAGAAACAAAGUAAAGCAGGAAGCCAGCCGUCCGGCGUUAACCUCUCGGAGCUGACGGAGAGGAAAGUCUCCACAGGUGAGAAGGGACAAAGUCAGCGGGACGUCGACCUCUCAGGCCCGACAGAAACCUCCACAAACGACUUCAGCAACGGACGAGUGAACCGGGCCUACCAGCACGACGCGGCCGUGGCGGACUCAGAUUCGGACGCCGGUUGCCACGGUGACGGCAGCAUCCCCCCAGGCUAUGAGGCGAGGGGGAGGCCCGGCGGAUCGGCCACGCACAGCGUCGUCCUGGACGUCUCCACCACCAGCUUCGUGGACACGGUCUCCGUGAAGACCUUGAAAAAUAUAUUCAGGGACUUUGGAGAGAUUGAUGUGGACGUCUAUCUAGCCGGCUGCCAAGCGUGCGUGGUGGAGCAGCUGGAGGUUGCAGGUUUCUUCUCGGAGUCGCUCCCAAAGAGCAGACUGUUCGUCACCGUCCACGACGCCGUGCUUCACAUUCUGGAGUCAGUCGGGCGGAGCGACUUCGUCCUCGAUGUGUCAAGAAGCACUGCGAUGUAACCAGCAGGGGUCAGACUGCUCCACCUUCCUCCAUCAUCUUCCUCCUCCUCCGAGGCUGCUGCAUUGCUCACUAUUGGUCGUCAUUGUCUCCUCCCUCUCUCCCUCCCCCUUUUUUUAGUCGGUGGGAAAAUGCACCACCUUGACAUGGCGGGCCGGUUGCCGUGGAAAUACAGGGAGCGGUUGCUGUGGCAACGGGCUUUUUAUGAUAUCGCCCUAAUGAGAUAGCCGGCGCUACGUCACUGCAGCUCUGUGGUGUGUGUGCGAGACAGAGGAAGGGAGGGUGGAGGGUGGGGAGUGAGUGGGAGAAUGUAACACUGGACUAAUGGGAGUCUGUAUUUAUAGCCUGAGGGAGUGAGAGGUUGACUGUGAGGAGCCGCGGUGUCCAACUCUCAAUGUACUUCCUCCGACACGAUGCACAACAAAUCGAUUAGAUGUAAAAUAUUUGUAAUCGCCGUGGUUGUCGGGGGGGUGAUGGGGGAUCCUCCAUCAGUACAUCAAUCACCGACCGGCUCCAGGAGCUGCUGGAGGAUUGCAGAUACGGUGUUACGUUUCAAAUGAGCAGCGGCCUCGGAGCUCGCCCGUGGGUGUAUUUAUAGCGUUCACACGUCUGAUUCCUCACAUCUUCAGCUUCCUGCUAUUCCUGGGAUCCAGUGUUCAAUCCUUCUGCUAUCAGAGGGCUAAACGCUGUGUGGUUAUAUAUAUAUUAUUAAAAACAUCGCCCACCCAAAGAUGUGUGCUCCCAGCCAUGAAACAUUCUUAUUUACCUUUUCUUCUUUUUUACGUUCAAAAAUGUAUUUUUGUGUUUUAAAAGGUUCCAUUUAUACGUGGCAACGACAGAAUUAGAACACAGUGACUCUCCUAAAUCAUAUUUACUCACGCAGGCUGGUUUCAUCCAGAGUUUGGAGCUUAAACUAUGAGAAAUAAUGAAACAUACUUUCUAGAUAUCUCAUGAAAUCAUUUUGUAAGUUAUCCAAGUAAUCAGGAACAAGGAAGUAUAAAGACCACAAACGGCCACAAAGGGCAGUUUGUUUGUUCAGUAACAGCAUUUGUGUUGUUUUUUUUAAACCAAACGACAAUCUUUUCUACACCUAACUUAGUAUUUAACGAUCUUUUCUACACCUAACUAAGUUGUUUCCUGUAAAAACAGAAGUUUAUUUUGAAAGACUGUAUUCAUGUAACAAACUGAAAUUGUUGGUGUACUUUUGAAGGAAAACGCAGUAAAGUAUUUUUCCUGAGAUAUCAUAUGAACCGCUGCAUGAGGACACAAUGAUUCAUAAAACUGAAAAACACCAAAAAUAAAUGAUCAACCUGCAGGAAAAAAACCCUGACAUGCGGGUCAGCGAUCCCCAAAUAUUGGUUCCUUGGAUUAACCACUCCAAAGUAAACACCGUCAAGUGUCGGACAUCACAGAACACACAGAUUUCCUUGAGAGGGCCUCUCCUUC